AUGCCUAAACAUGAAGAGCCAACCACCAUUGAAGGAAAUGAUGGCAGUGAUGUUGACAGUGAAGAAGGCAAUGCAGCUGAGAUUGACAAAAAUGUGAAAGGAACAGAGCGGAAGAGAGCAACCCCAAGAACCAGAAGGGGACAUGCCAGAGGGAGAGCCAGACGUGGUGGUGAGGAGGAUGAGGAUGAUGAAGAUGGGACAAGGAGAGCUGGGCAGCGAAGGAACAGAAACCGUAGAAGGGGACGAGCAUCUGGAAAUGAGGGCAGUGAUUCAGAGGGGGACCCUACGAAAGCUAAGAAGAACCAGGAAAAUCAGAAAUCCAAGGAAGAUGAUGAAGAUGAAGGAGAUGAGAAAGGGGGUAAAGGUGGGAAAGGCAAAAAUGAAAAGAAACAGAACAAAAAGCCUGAUAAGAAAGGGAAAAAAGAGAAGGCCAACAAGAAGAAAAAAGAUAAAAAGAAGUCAGGAUCUGGCUCUGAUUCUGACUCUGAGGAGGAGCCAAUUACAGAGGAGGAACUGGCUAAGCUGAAAGAAGAGGUAGAAGAAAAAAAGAAACUGAUUGCCACACUACGAAACAAACCAUGGAAGAUGAAAAAGAAGUUGUCUGUUCUAAAGGAAGCCCAGCUUUUUGUGGAAAAGUUUGAAGGUGCCCUUGGAAAAGGCAAAGGAAAAAAAUUCUAUGCAUACAAAGUGAUGAUGACCAAGAAAUGGAUGAAAUUUCAAAGAGAUUUUGAGAAUUUUAAGACAGCCUGCAUACCCUGGGAAAUGAAAAUUAAGGAGAUUGAAAGUCACUUUGGCUCAUCAGUGGCAUCUUAUUUCAUAUUCUUGCGCUGGAUGUAUGGAAUAAACAUGAUUCUCUUUGGGCUGACUUUUGGACUUGUAAUGGUCCCUGAGGCUUUGAUGGGGAAGCCAUAUGGCUCUUUACCUAGAAAAACUGUUCCAAGGGCUGAAGAAGCAACUGCUAUGAACUUUGCUACUCUCUGGGAUUUUAGUGGCUUUGCACAGUAUUCUGUACUCUUUUAUGGUUAUUACAACAACCAGAGGACUAUUGGAUGGCUCAAGUUCAGGAUGCCUCUUUCGUAUUUUCUUGUUGGAGUUGGAACUAUUGGCUACAGCUUUAUGAUUGUUAUUCGAACAAUGGCAAAGAAUGCAAAUGAAGAUGGUGGUGGGGAUGAUAAUUCUUUUAGUUUCAGCUGGAAAAUGUUCACAAGCUGGGACUACUUGAUUGGGAAUCCUGAGACAGCAGAUAACAAGUUUGCCUCCAUCACAACAAGCUUUAAGGAAUCGAUACUGGAGGAGCAGGAAAGCCGAAAAGAGGAAAAUAUUCACUUGACCCGAUUCCUGAGGGUUCUUGCUAAUUUCUUAGCCCUCUGCACUCUUGCUGGGAGUGGUUACCUCAUCUUUUUUGUUGUCAGAAGAUCCCAGAAAUUUGCCCUGGAAGGCCUGGAGAACUACGGGUGGUGGGAAAGAAAUGAAGUGAAUAUGGUUAUGUCACUUUUAGGAAUGUUCUGUCCAACUUUAUUUGAUGUAAUUAGUUCUCUGGAAAACUACCACCCUCGCAUAGCUCUAAGAUGGCAGCUGGGACGAAUCUUUGCUCUUUUCCUUGGCAAUCUCUACACUUUCAUUAUCGCCUUAAUGGAUGAAAUCAAUCUCAAGUUGGAAGAAGAAAAGAUAGUCAAGUAUAACAUGACAAUAUGGGAAGCCAGUCUGUACAAUGGUACUAUUCCAGAAAAUUCAACUGCUCCUCCAAUACAGGUGGACCCUGCAGAUGUUCCCAGAGGGCCAUGCUGGGAAACAAUGGUAGGACAGGAAUUUGUGCGACUGACAGUCUCUGACACGAUGACAACAUACGUUACUAUUCUAAUUGGAGAUUUCUUGAGAGCUGUCUUUGUUAGGUUUUUCAACUACUGCUGGUGCUGGGACUUGGAGUAUGGAUUUCCAUCAUAUUCUGAGUUUGAUAUAAGUGGAAAUGUGCUGGGACUGAUCUUUAACCAAGGUAUGAUCUGGAUGGGAUCUUUUUAUGCUCCAUGUCUGCCAGCAAUCAAUGUGUUCCGCCUCCACACUUCCAUGUACCUUCAGUGCUGGGCAGUGAUGUGUUGCAAUGUCCCCCAGGAGAGGGUCUUCAAGGCUUCUAGAUCCAAUAACUUUUAUAUGGCCAUGCUGCUUUUCAUCCUCUUUCUAUCCACACUGCCUGCUGUGUACACCAUUGUCUCCAUCCCACCAUCUUUUGACUGUGGUCCUUUCAGUGGGAAGACUAGAAUGUUUGAAGUCAUAUCAGAAACUCUGGAACAUGAUUUCCCUUCAUGGUUUGGGAAGGUAUUUGGUUAUGCCUCUAACCCUGGACUCAUCCUACCUUUUAUAUUGCUGAUGGUCCUGAGUAUUUAUUAUCUCAACGCUACAUCCAAAUCCUACAAGGAAGCUAACUUGGAACUUAAGAAGAAGCUACAAAGUCAAGCAGAAGAAAAUAAAAGGAGGAAUAAACAAAGGGCUCAGAAGUCAAAUGAGCAAGACGAAAAUCCAUUUGAGACAGAAUCAUCACAGCCAAAGGAAAAAGAAGUCAAACAAGCUGGAUCCUCUGCAAACCAAGACAACAAGAAAGUACAGAAUGACAAUGAAGUGAAGAAGACAGGCCAGCAACAAGAAGUCAGCUCCUCUCAGUCACUCCGGCAUCCAGGUUCUGCCCCAAAUGGACACUAUCUCCCCCAAAACAGAGGAGGAAACCUCCCUCCCCCAUCCAUAGCUGUGACAAGGCCACCAGCUCCCAGGGGGUAUGGAGUGCCAGGCUAUGCACCUGGAAACCCACGAUUCCCAGGGACACAGCCAGGAGUGCCCAGGGGCCCUCCAAACUACAGAUAA